GGGUAGUUUUACAACGAAUUGUUCCACCCACCAUCCACCACCACCCCUUUUGAUUUCGAUUUCGAUUUCAAUUUCAAAUUUCCAGCCCUAGAGUGGUGUAAUCAUCUCGUCUUUGUUGUUUUCGAUCUCAAUUCCACCAUUCAAAUCGAGCAUUUCAACUUCUUCAAAAGAAUUCCCCAAUUUUCCGUAAAGGGUUUUUGUGGGUUUUUGUUUUUUGUUUUCCUUUCCAAAUUGAUCGCGUGAUUCUGCUCCUAAUUCAUUCAAUUCCAACUAUUUAUGAAUAGAAAUUUGUUCCUUUUUGCUGUUUCAAAGAACCUAAUUGGCUCGAUUCAACCAUUCAAAUCGAACAUUUCAAGUUCUUCGAAAGAAUUCCCCUAUUUUCUGUAAAGGGUUUUUAUUUUUUUUCCCAAAUUGAUCGCGUGAUUCUGCUCCUAAUUCAUUCAAUUUCAAGUCUUUGUGAAAAUAAAUUUGUUCCUUUUUUGCUGUUCAAAACCCAAUUUGAUUUAAGACGAAGGAAGAAAAGGGUGUUGUUAAUGGCGUAUCAGCAGUCGAUUCCGGCAACUCCGAGUUCAGGACCGAGUUCAACUUCAGGGUUUCAAUCCCCAUUUGGGGAUACAACUUUCACUAAAGUGUUUGUUGGAGGGUUAGCUUGGGAGACUCAAAGUGAGACCAUGCGCCAUUAUUUCGAACAAUUUGGAGAGAUUCUUGAAGCUGUUGUGAUCACUGAUAAGAACACAGGCCGAUCCAAGGGUUAUGGAUUCGUAACUUUUCGUGACCCUGAAUCUGCUACGAAAUCAUGUGUUGAUCCAGCUCCGGUCAUUGAUGGCAGGCGGGCAAAUUGUAACCUGGCUUCACUUGGACGGCCUCGUGCACCUCCGCCUUUCGGAGGUAUCACAUCACCAAUACCUUAUGCUGGCGGUCUGCAAACUGCUCGUGUGCCUUCCAUUGGCGGCUAUGGCUGCCAACCACCGUUUUUUUACAAUUACCGACAAGGAUUAGUGUAUCCUUCAUACCCACAUGGAACGUAUGGUCCAGAAUACGUCUAUCCACAGGGCGUUUACAACCUAUAUUCCGGUCAGCAGUAUCUUCAGAUGAUGUAUCCUUACAAUCAAAUAAGCCAAUUUGGCCAUGGUUAUACAGCUUUUCAAGGCUAUGGAUUGCCGACUAGCUCAUCCAUUCAGACGAUUCAAGCAGCGUAUCCAAUAGGUGUUCAAGGACCGCAAUUUGUGAUUUCCGCCCCUCCAUCUCCGGCCACCCAUGGUGGUGGUGGUGGUUCUGACCAAAGUGCAGGAUGAAGGUCUGAUUUAAGGUAUCCUUAGAUUUCAGCAGUUUUGCUACUUGAGUGGCGGGAUUCGAAUCUAGCCUUGCAAAUUAUGGUUUUUGCAUUCUAGAGGUCGUUUUUACCAGAGAAAUCAUGGUCGGAAAUCCCAUGAAGAUGCGAAUUGCGUCGAGUGUCGUUUGUUCCCGUGUCGCUCCGCCAGUGUCAUGAGGGUCAAAGAAGUAAAUUGGCAUGGCACCCAAAGCCGGAAUAGGUUUCUGGCAUGCAUUUAUACACCAUUCGUUCUUGUUAAAAUUAACAAACCCCGUGGUUUGGGGUUUCGGGUAACGGUGUCGUUUUUCGGUUUGUAAUUUAUAAGAAGCGGUAGCAAGAGCCUGGGUUUCAAAGGGUGGAAAUCCCAGGCAGGAAAACACAACAAAUGGAAUUGUGUCAUGUUUGUGUGUGGCUACCAACUGUUCUUCAAACUAAGCUUUUUUCUUGUGCCAAAUUGUAUGUUUUUUCUUGGUUUGUUUU